UCGUCCUGCCCCACCAUGAAGUUGAGCAGCCGCGGCCGGGGAUGCUGCGCGGGCGGCAGCCGGGAGCGCGGGCCGCCGCCGCGGAGCCCCUUCGUGCACCAGCUGCGCUUCAGCCCCCUGCAGAAAGCCAGGAUUGCCUUCAUGACCUUGACUCUGUUUCCUAUCCGACUCUUUUUUGCUGCUUUUAUGAUGUUGCUGGCCUGGCCUUUUGCGUUCAUUGCUUCGAUGGGAUCUGACGAGCAAGAGCUUGAAAAGCCCCUCUCCUGGUGGCGAAAGAUAGUGGAUAUUUUGCUGAAGGCAAUAAUGAGAAUGAUGUGGCUUGCUGGUGGAUUCCACUGGAUAAAUGUAAAAGGCAGACGGGCAUUGCCAGCAGAAGCAGCAAUAUUAACAGUGGCUCCCCACUCUUCCUACUUUGAUGCCAUUCCAGUGACCAUGACCUUCGCCUCCAUUGUGAUGAAGGCAGAAAGCAAAGAUAUUCCUGUUUGGGGAACUCUGAUCAAAUAUAUCCGGCCAGUAUUUGUAUCUCGGUCAGACCAGGAUUCUCGCAGGAAAACUGUUGAAGAGAUAAAGAGGCGUGCCCAGUCUGAUGGUAAAUGGCCACAGAUAAUGAUAUUCCCAGAGGGCACUUGCACAAACCGAUCCUGUCUAAUUACAUUCAAACCUGGAGCGUUUAUUCCUGGGGUUCCUGUGCAGCCAGUGGUUUUACGUUAUCCAAACAAACUGGACACAAUCACAUGGACAUGGCAGGGGCCAGGAGCGUUUGAAAUUCUGUGGCUUACUUUAUGUCAAUUUCACAAUUCUGUGGAAAUCGAGUUUCUACCCGUGUACAUUCCUUCAGAAGAAGAAAGAAAAAACCCAGUGUUGUAUGCCAAUAACGUCAGGCGUGUAAUGGCAGAGGCGUUGGGAGUUCCAGUGACAGACUACACGUUUGAAGACUGUCAGCUGGCUUUGGCUGAGGGACAGCUUCGUCUACCUUCAGAUACAUGUCUUUUAGAAUUUGCAAAGCUUGUGAGAAGCCUUGGGCUGAAGCCAGAAACACUUGAAGAUGACCUUGAUAAAUAUGCUGCCAGUGCCAUGAAAAUGAAGAAUGAAAAGGUUGAUCUCAAAGAAUUUUCAGCCUACUUGGAAUUUCCAGUUUCUCAGACAUUAGAAAGUAUGUUUGCACUUUUUGAUGAGAAUGAAAAUGGUGUAAUUGACAUUCGGGAAUUUGUCAUUGCUCUGUCAGUUGUCUGUAAGCCAUCCAAAACUCUGGAAACAAUUCAGCUGGCAUUUCAGCUGUACCAGUCAGAAGGCGGAACUGUAACAGAAGAGGAUUUAGCUCAUAUCCUGAAGACUGCCAUGGGUGUGUCACAAAUUGAUGUUACACAUCUUUUUAGAGCUGUAGAUGAAGAGGAAAAAGGAAAGAUUACAUAUGAUGACUUCUACACAUUUGCUGUGUUGCACCCACACUUUGCAGAGGAAUAUCUCUAUGCUGAUCAGAUGGGAGCUGAGAGCGGCUUGAAGACUUCAUCUCUUUCUGCUGCUAAUGGUAUCUGUACUGACUUCAGCCCUGACAGCGCUGGAGAUAGAAGGAGGCCCUUGCAGAAGAAACUGAUUUAACACUACAACUGUUACCUUCCUCUCCUGGUGAGAGGGUUGUAUUUUCUUGGGAUUUUCAUAAGUCACUCCAAUUAUACAGCAAAUACCAGUUUUGUGUGUGAAAGUUCUACCUGAAUACCAUCCUUUGAAUCAUAUGUGUUAUGUUUAACAACAUGUUCCAAGUUACUUUGGGAAAGGUGUUUUUUAUUUUUUUUUAAAGGUCUUUGAAAGGCAAAAAUGUGAAUGUGCUUCAUUAUUAAUGUUCAUAUUUAAAAGGAAGCGGCACAACUUAUUUAUAUUCCAUUGGCUAGUUCCAUGUACUGAGUGUCGCACAAACUGUGCAUGUAUAAAGAAAAUGUAGCUACUAUGGUGUAAAGUGCACUUUGGUGAUUAGUGUUUUCCCUAGUUAUGGGGAUGUUUAUUUGGGGCCAAACUUUGCUGUCCAUAUCUGAAUAGUCAGUCUUGUUGAUUUUGGUGGGAAUUAUUCUCCUGAGUAAGGCAAGCAUACUUUGGCCCUUUGUUUUGGUUUCAGUGAACAGUUUGGAAACAGUAAUACAAAAACUUGCUAAGGAUUCCUUUUUAUUUUUGUUGCUGAAUGACAAAAUUGUUUCUCUUUCCAUGGUAGAAUGAAAAGGAGAGGCUCCUUAUCCCUCACCCCAGCACUUUUCUACUGUAAUCUUCCGGAUGCAAUUAAACAUGAAUUCUUUCCAAACUGACAUGCCACAUACUGUUUGAAAAUACAUAACUGAACUGUUUGUGCUUUUCUCUCAUAACCAAUCCAAAUCACAUCCACACAGCAUUUUAUGGGAGAUGCAUACAGAGCUAUACUUGAUUGAGAUUUAUCAGGAAUCACAGGUUUCUUUUGUAGCAAGCCUAUACAGAUGACAUAGCAUGGAAUACAUCAUGGAAACUUUGGUGUAUCAGCACAAGUUGGAAAAGGUUGCAGUCACUUCAGAGACCAAGCCAGCAGCAAGUUGCAGAACAUCCUGAAGAAGUGCUAGUUAAAUCUCUAUAGCAACAUUACAUAUACUUCAUAGAAUGUAUGUGAAGCUUAGAAUAGUUUAGAACUGUUUAAAACAACCACCACACUUGUAUUAAUAAUACAUAUGUUUCCUUUUGUAAAGCCAGAUGCCUUAACUGCUACUGGAGGUCUCAGAGAAAAAUCUAGAUUAUUAUAAAACCACAAAGCUUCAUUGAUUAGGAAACGUGACUGAAGGCUCAAGGAGUAAGAGGAGGGAGGACUCUAGCACAAAAUAACUGUGAUGGCAACUCUGCUUCCAAACAAAAAAAUCUUUUAAGUCAUUUCUGACCAGUUUUAUAGGGUUUUGUGCAUGGAAAACUAUUGAGAUUAGAGUCUUCCACGAAGGAAUUUAAAACUAGAUUUGAAAUGGAAGAAUUUUAGCAAAGGAUGUCUGUUCGUACCAAAUGCUUUUAUAACUAUUUUUUUAAAUAGCAGGUGUUUUAAAGCUCGUUAGGGUAUGUGUCCUUAGAAAUCCUCAACUGUAUGUGGCAGGUCUCCAAACUGGAACUGGCUUUAAUAAAGAGGGUAAGAGGAAAAAAAUUGAAGAAAAUAUGCUUUAUGGGGGUAUGUGGAGGUAAUAAUUAAAUUUUUGAUUUAUCCAGGUAACAAAGGCCAAGCUCACAGGGCAGCAACAGACUCACUGGCAAGAUUUGAAUUAAAAUUGAUCAUGAAAAAUAGGAGAAAUUGAUUGGAAAAAAAUAAGGUGUAUGAGAAACUACACUUAAGUAGGAAUAGUCAGCUGCACAGAGGAGGAGUGAGUAUUACUGUGCUAUAUCUGGAGGCAAGGAUGGCACAGAAUAUGUCAAACUUAGCACUGUUAACUCUUUGCUGCAGAAAAGAUGCUUGUGAUGGAGGGGUGCAUCAGCAUGUGGCCUGUGCAAAUACAACCCUGAAGCAGGGUGGUAUUUCUUUGUUACCAAGAUGUGAUAAGGUCUUACCUGAGGUACCUGUUCAUAUUGGGGCACCUGAGAGAGAUGGGCUGUAAAUUAAUAAAGUCUGGAGGACAGAAAGUACUCAAAAAGAGAUCUAAAGUACCCUUUAAUCCAAAGAAGAGGAGACUGAAGGAAGAAUGUGAACAGUCUUUGAAUAUGGAAAAAGUUGUUAUAGAGGAAAUAGGAACACUGUUCUCCACAAGGAUGGUAGAUGCUAGCUAUGAAUUGAAAAGACAAGCAUUAGGAAAAGUCUCUUACAAUAUGCUUUAUAGCCAAGGAGAAGGGUUUCAGGUGGGGUGAACAGCUUGCCUUCCUUCACUGGAGGAAAGAAGUUUUUGAAACUGGAGUUUUUGAAAACAGAAAAGACAGAGAACUCCAGUAGAGACACUUGAUUUUGCUGAUGAUGCCCCAGAGUUACAAGGCGAUGUCCCUGAGGUCUGUUUUCUGUAGUUACACAGUAUGUAAGGGAAGGCAGGUGUAGUCUGGACAUAUUGUAUCUCUACAAGACUAUGGCACGUGGCUCAAGCUGGCUAAGGUAGUUAUCUUUUCCUUUGUAUGUGAGCUUGGAAAUGAGAGAAUUUCAGAAUGCGGGGAAUGAGAGAGUUCCCCAACAUGUGUCUGGAAAGAAGAAAGAGGUAAGCUUAGAAUCCUGUGGACAACUCUGAAGUGAGAGAAGCUCCAAAGAAAGAGAUCCAUUGACCACAUCUGUGAAAGAGCAAAGAAAGCUGAUUGAAGUUGGAUAAAUACAAGUGUGUCUAAUUUGCAUGUAUGGUGUGAGUGACUCGAGGAUCUGUUUGAUGAAAACCCAUAGGUUCAUCAACUUCCUUUUUUUUUAUUUGUGAGGUGUUUUGUAAUUGUGUUGAGUGCAAUAGCUGUUCUUGUGUGCACCUAAGCUGUACAGAGUGCCUUGGAGAGCAUUGCAGCCUGUAGCAGAUGGGGCCCUUGAACAGGCUCCCCAAAGAGGCACUGAAAGUCCCAUGCACCAGUGAGCUCAGUCCAGAGCUGCUGCUGGAGAAGGCUGUGACCAACACAAGGCACAAGCAAGUAUUCUUGGUGGAUUAAAACUCAUUUAAAAAUUGGUGGAUUAAAUCAUUAAAAAGAAAAAGGCAUAAGACAAAACAACAGAUUCUGGAAGGAAAUGUGAAUCUCCCUCUUCUGAGAAAUUACUGAAUGAGAUAAAGACAUAAUAGGAGGAAUGAUAGGAUGAAGGAUCAGCCUGCAUGGAAACAUUGUUAGAUCACAUAUCAGGUCACAGAAGUUGAGAUUAAUUAAUAUAAUUCCAUUAAUUUUAGCAUUUGUAGUAUAUCAUAUUAGACUGCCCUGUAGUGAGAGGGACGCCACAUCACCACAGGAUGGUGAACUCAGGCUCUUGAGGGCAGAGGCCUGUAACACAUCACAUGACUGCAGCCAUGCUCUUGUUACAGCUCAUCCAUCAAACCCCAGCUGCAGAAGUGUUUCAGUAGUUCCUGAUGAAAAGCCUUUUUAGAGGCAUUGACUGUGGAGCAGCUGGAUUGUGACAGUUAAGUUUCAGUGACCUGAUGCAAAGUCAGAGUAGAAGUGAAAACUUCCUUUCCCCUUCACCAAACACUGACAUGUAAAUGCUUUCCAUUUAAAUAUUACUGAUUUUAUAGGCAUAUUGGUAUAUUUUAACAGGUACUAUCAAUACCCCCUGAAUUUACAAGGGGACAUAAGCAGACUUAGCAACUAUUUAACUUAAAUGAUCCUUACACAAAAAAUGCAGUGAUGUGAAGGCAUUUGACAUUUCUGAUGAACAUUUUUGUACUCUUAUGUAAUACUGCCAUCCCUUGCCAGUAGAGUUCUUGCAUCAGCCUGAAUUUUUACAUACUGUAUGAAAUACCCAGCCAAGGCUCUGGGUAUCUCUUCUCAUAUGCCUGAACAAGUAUUAAAAGUUACCCAGAAAACCACCAAACCCAAAACAUCUGAAGUUUGGGGGGCGUUGUUUGUUUUUUUGUUGUUUGUCUAUUUUUUCAAACAUAAUGGAACCCUACUAAAACCAAACAAAUGCUUGUUAGAUGCAAAUCAUGUUUAAACCACUGUCUCUAGCAUGGUAUGGCAAGUGUUAUUACAGAUUUUUUGGGGAGUCUGUUGCUGUAACAGAUAAAUUUUAAAAACUUCAUAGGAAAUUUAUAAGCCUGAUGGAGAAACCAGGCUGUACUCUUAGUUUUAUCUUAAUUAAUUACUCUAUAUGUUUCAGAUGCAUUUAUUGUAGCUAGAAUGAUCUAGGUGUGAGAAAUAGCAACCAGACGUGUGUGUGUUUGCUAAUCCCAUUUUCAAGGUAUAAAUCCUUAGGUCACAGGGGUUGAAAAGGACACGUGUGCAGUGAGGAAGUGAUGCAACCUCUUUAGUGACAUAGCUGCCAGAAGUAAACAGCUAAGUGUCACACAGAGCUCUUUAUUAAUAUCUUCGUGCAAGCUGAAUAACUUUGUUAGCUAAUUUAGGCAUUGGGCUGGCUGAAGUAUUUUUUGUGUUCGCAAAAUGCAGUAAACAUUUUCCUGUAAAAGUCAUUGCUGCACUUCAACAUCUGAUAAAUUUAUAAAGCAGGUGUGGUUUUAUAUAUUUAUGAGUUCCCUGAUAAGUUUAUCUUUGGUAUUGCCAGUAAAUUAUUCUUCCUAUUUUUAUAUUGCCAUGUAGUACCUAUAGCUUCUCAUAUUAACUGUUUUAGUCACCUUCUGCUCUCUGCUCCUUCAAUAAUAGCAUCCUCAUAAAAGGACAAAUUAAAAAAAAAAAAAAAAAACACUAGUUGCAGAACUCCAGUAGCAUGUGCUGUAGAUUUUGUGAUCUCAGAAAAAACCUGUAAGCACAGCUUUGCAUAUAUUAUGAGACUAAACUAGGCUGGAGAGAAAACAAAAUUCUGGUUUGAAGUUCUGACCAACUAAGUUCAAUUUUUCUUUAGCUCAGAGUGUGGGUCAUAAUACUUUCUGAAAUGUUGCAUUUUACCUAAUGUGAACCCUCUGUUUUUUUCACUAGCAGAGCUUUCAUGAGUGUUCUAGAAACAGGAAAUGACAAAUGCUCUAGCCAAGAGUUCUACAUUAGCAAAAUUCAGAUCUGGCUCCUAAAGCUAUAUUGAGGCACAGAAGUUCCCUGUGAAUCAGGCAUUUCAAGUAGUUGGCUGCUUUUCAGGUAUCUGAACCUCAGCUGAUUAGGAAGACUUAAAUUAACAAAUUAUUCUGAAUAAAUCACUACAAAAAAGCCCCAGAAGAAUAGAAAAUGGAAGUAAGUGUUGUCAUCAGUGCCAUUGGUAAUUAGUUACUAAUUAAUUAAAUUAUUAAUUGAUCAGCCCAGCAAAACUGCAAGAUCUGUUUCACAUAUGAGCAAGAAGGCUUACAUUCAGGUAAUUUUGCUGUCCUGACUAGGUAGAAUUUAAGCCAGGUGGUCUUUACUCAGAGGGUGACUUCUUGAAGGUACUGCAACAUCCCAGUAAUGUCUUGGUCACUGACAGCGGAGAUUUCAUCUUCUCACCCUGCCUUUUUUUCUUUGAAUUAUGGAAAAAAGUAUUCAAAACAUGACAGGAACCCUGUCUUUUUUUUUUUUUUUUAGUUUUGUGGAAUAGUUAUGGUGGUGAACUGGAUAUACAGCGCUGGUCACCAACACCUUGUGGUCAAACCAUGUCUAAAUGAUAAUCCUGAGUUAAAACUACUGAGAGAACACAGCAGCAAACAGGACAUCCUUUAGAUGUGUUUGCUGUUGGGUCUGUGAGUAUUUCCUGCGUCUCAUAGUGCUCAAGUUGAGAGAGUUUCUUUCUCUGGGAAACAUUUCAGGUUCUUUCAAGAUACUAACUACUUGGACUACUUCAAGUGAAAUUGAUUUGUUUUGCAGAAAGCAGGUUCUUUUUCCCCAGAUGGUGUGACGUGCUUUAUCAUGUGUAACGUGAUUAAACUGAGGUGGGUGAUACCAAGAGAGCAGAGGAUAUAAGAGGCUUAUAAAAUAGAGGGUUUAUGUUUCUGUGAGAUAUGCUGACACAUUUCUGCACAGUAGUUGACACUACUGAAGGGAUUGUCUUGCAAGUCCAUUAUGCAAAAUCCUUUUACUAGUUGUGUGGUGGCAGUGGCUGUUUAUUCCACUUUCCUUAGCAGGGUGGCAGAGCAGAAUACUCCUGUACAGACCAACUUUGGGGUAGAGAUGUAUUUGCAGUUUUAAAAUGAUCAGUCAGAACCAGUAGAAUCACCUUAGCAUGAUUGUACCUCAGUUAUUCCUGUUACAUAACUUAGCUCUUUGGGAUAUUUUUUUAUUAUCACAGUUAUCAUGCUUUAUUCUGAGCUAAGUUGAACAGAGCCAUAUGAACAUCAGCGCUCACUUGAGAUAGCUUGGGGAUCUCAAAAAAGGUGCUGUAUGAUAAUCUGUUGGUAGGGUGUUACAUUUCAGUUUUUUCAUUUUGACCAAAAAUGUCAGAAGCAAGGGAAAGAAGUCAUGACUUCUGUAAUACUCUAUUUUUAUACUGUCAAUGGGGUGUUAUUUAAGAGUGCCAGUUCUGAGCCAAAGUCAGCUGAAGAAAAAUCAGGCUGAACUCCUGAUUCCAAACCAGCAAGUAGAAAAUCCCAUCCAUGCCCAGCAUGGCAGCUGGCCUUUUCCCACAGUAAAGAAGGAUCUUUUCUGCCUCUUGGGCUGGUGAAUUCAGUUUACUGUAUCCCUAGUUCUUGCUUGUGCUGUCUGUUCUUUGUAGGUUUGUUGCAGCCAGAGGGAGACCCUGCUGCCUCCUAAGCUGAAGUGACGUUCAUGGACUUUUCUCCCUGAGCCGGCAGCAGCAGGUGAAUAUUUGAGUCCUGUUCUGGUAUUGCUACCCAAAACUAAACUAUUUUAGUUCGUGCCUGCCAUUAGGUACAGAACUGCUUUUUCUUUUUAUACACUUCAACCAUUGCAGGUGUGUCCAGGUGACAGCAGGUCUGAAAGAGCUUAUGAGAUUGUCCUUGUUCCUGUGAGCUACAAGACAUUAAAUUUAGAAGUAUUAGAAGUUUACAGUGAAACCUUAAAUUGGAUUGACUCCUGACUCGCUAUAUAUACAUCUAUAUCACUUUCAGUGUGAGCCUGUUCACUUCCAUGUUCCACAUGCAGGAUCUAUAAAUGUGAUUGCAAACAAAGUCUCCUCAUGGAUACCGAAGAAAGCUGACGCUCAGAUACUUUUCAUCCUACCAUGGUACUGGAAAUGAAAUUCAUCUGACAAUAGGUUGUUUCUAAGUCUAUGAAUGUAUAUGGGGAAAACCCAAAUACAUGUCUUUUAUUCACUAUCCAGCAUGAAGACAAUUUUGUAUUUUAAAUGCUAAAGAAAUAAACUUUGAAAGAUCUUUUAUGGCCUAAGUAUAUAUUUUUUGUCCUAUGUUUUCUUUUAUAAUGAACUUCGAGCAAAAUAUUUCUUAUAUUUCAAAAAGGACAUUUAGGUUAGCCAGUGCUGUAUUUUCCAGACAACAAAAGCAGUUUUAAAGUCAACAUCUAAAAAUGAAAUUGUAUUUUUAAAUAUGUGAAUUAGAAUUCCUUUAAGUUAAACAUGUCUCCUUAGCAACUGUAUAUACUUAGACAAAAAGCAAACCCAUUGCAGCUGCUUGUCUCUAUAGUUGUUUGUGUUUGGUGAUUUGUUUAUAUUGCUUUUUCAUAUUGCUCUAAGGGUAUUAAGAGUCCAUGUAAAUCAGCAAUGUUAGAAAUAGAAGUCAGAAGUAAAUUUCUUUAGAAGUGAUAGAAUUUGUUUCAUGGAAGAGGACCAAGAGUAAGCAUCAGCUAACCUUGUAUUAUGUACUAUACUACUUAAAUGUUGCAGCAUUGUGCUGAAAGUAUUUGACAUCUGUUCAAUGGGACCACUUUCUAAAUCUUUUUGUAAUCCCCAGCAUCUGUCCAGGUGUGUGAGACAUUUCUAAUUUGAUGACAGAUACUAAUUCAUUUUUUUUUGGAAAAAUAAAAUUGAGUAAUCAGCAAGCUGAGAAAUAACUCAGAAAAAAAAAUUUUGAUCACUGUUGUUGAACUUGCAUUGAGGAUAUCAUUUUUAUACUUUGGGAGGAAAAAAAAAAAAGAUUGCUAUGAUUUUGAACACACUUGAAACUUUAAAUGCACAACCGAAAAAGUUAACACUGAAAUUAUCAUAUUUUGGAAUUUUCUUGUACUUCUACUGAAUCCAAGUUAGGCACUGCCAUGAAAAGGAUGCUUUUAGCUGGAAACCUGUGUUGACAGAGCAGGAAGCUGUUUUGUAGGGACUCACUUGUGAGGUAUCACAUGGUUGAUCCAUCAGUGGUACAACUUCUCUUGCUGACUUCAAGGCUGCUCAAACAGAGCUGGUGUUUAAAGAAAAAAGGUUUUUAUUGUAAGAGCCCUUGGAUGUGCAGUGUAAAUCUGUAACAAUAUAUAGUGCUACUGGAUAAUAAUGAUCUAAAUGCAUAUUUUCUGCUGUAAAUUUCCCUCAUGUGGCUCCAAUGAUAUGUGUACAUAGACUAUUACCUUUGCACUGAACUGACUAUACUUCAUAAAACGAAAAGCAAAAACAAGUAUUGUACUAAAGAUGACCAUACCUUGUGGCUCCAAUUGUGGAAAUACUUUUGCAGAACAAAAGGUAUAGCUUCAGUGUUAUAAAUUUGAUUUUUAUAUUUUUUAUUAACAUGCAUGGAAGACUAAGGAUAAUAUUUUUUAAAAAUGAACUUGGUUUUUGUACAUUUUUUCAAUGUUUAAAACUAUAUGAUUUAACAUUACCUCUGAAUGCCAGUGAUCAGUAAAUAUUUAAAGGAAAUACCUCAAUUUGAGCAUUCUUCUCUUGUUGCUUGUCUGAUAGGUUAAAAUGGACUAUAGAGUGUGAUGAAGUGAGCAUAUGAUAUAGGUGCUUAAACUGUGCUAUAGAAGGCAUGUGAUGAUUUACUGAAAGGGACCUAAAUGAUACACUACAAGUGUUGAGUGCAGUUACACAAUCAUGGCUCAUUCUGCCCAACUGGACAUUUUCCUCGUGAAUGGCUUGUAAAUUAAAUUUUCAGCGUGAAGCCAAAUUAAAAAAUGAAACAAAAAAUA